AUGAGUGCGGUGUCGGAGCCCCCGGCGGCCCUGGGCGCCCUGGAGAAGCCGGCGGGCGCGGCCAUCCUGUGCACCACGUGCGGCAGCGUGUGCCGGGGCGAGGUGCUGCGGGUGCAGAGCAAGUACUUCCACCUCAAGUGCUUCGUCUGCAAAGUGUGCGGCUGUGACCUGGCGGAGGGCGGCUUCUUCGUGCGGCAGGGCCAGCACAUCUGCACGCGGGACUACCAGCGCCUGUACGGCACCCGCUGCUUCGCCUGCGACCGCUUCAUCGAGGGCGAGGUGGUGUCCGCGCUGGGCCGGACCUACCACCCCGACUGCUUCGUGUGCGCCGCCUGCCGGCUGCCCUUCCCGCCCGGAGACCGCGUGACCUUCAACGGGAAGGAAUGCAUGUGCCAGAAGUGUUCCCUGCCCAAGUCCGCGGGGGGCAGCGCGCACCCGUCCCAGGGCCUCUGGAGCUGCGGGGGCUGCGGCGCAGAAAUAAAAAACGGCCAGUCCCUGGUGGCCCUGGACAAGCACUGGCACCUGGGCUGCUUCAAGUGCAAGACCUGCGGGAAGGAGCUGAACGCCGAGUACAUCAGCAAGGAUGGGCUGCCCUACUGCGAGACGGACUAUCACGCCGAGUUCGGCGUCCGCUGUGACGGCUGCGAGAAGUACAUCACGGGGCACGUGCUGGAGGCCGGCGAGAAGCACUACCACCCGCUGUGCGCGCUCUGCGUCCGGUGCGGCCGGAUGUUCGCCGAGGGCGAGGAGAUGUACCUUCAAGGCUCCUCCAUCUGGCACCCCGCCUGCCGACAAGCAGCCAGGACGGAGGACAAGAGCAAGGAGACCAGGACGUCCUCCGAGAGCAUCAUCUCGGUGCCUGCGUCCAGCACCUCGGGCUCCCCCAGCCGCGUCAUCUACGCCAGGCUGGGGGACGAGAUCCUGGACUACAGAGACCUGGCUGCUCUGCCCAAGAGCAAGGCCAUCUACAACAUCGACCGGCCCGACAUGAUCUCCUACUCGCCCUACGUCAGCCACGCGGGGGACCGGGCCAGCGGCCUCGAGGGAGACCAGGACGACCGCUCCUCCAGGCAGUGCCGCACCUCCAGCCCCAGCUCCGCCGGGUCCGUCAGCCUCGGGCGCUACACCCCGACCUCGCGGUCGCCCCAGCACUACAGCCGGCCAGCUGGUACUGUGAGUGUUGGUACCAGUAGCUGCCUGUCCCUGUCCCAACACCCAAGCCCUACGUCCGUGUUCAGGCACCAUUACGUCCCCUACUUCCGAGGCAGCGAAAGCGGCCGGAGCACCCCCAGCCUCUCGGUGCUGUCCGACGGCAGGCCGCCCGCCACCUACCAGCAGGCGCCACGCCACUUCCACGUGCCAGACACCGGCGUCAAAGAUAACAUCUACCGGAAGCCCCCCAUCUACAAGCAGCACGCCUCGAGGCGCCUGGACGGGGAGGACGGCGGUUCCGACCAGGACGGCAGGAAGAAGGGCAGCUGGCUGAUCCUCCAGGGGGACACGGACACCAGGACCGACUCGCCCGACAGCCAGGCUCUGUCCCACAGCAGCGGGGCCGACCGAGACCCGCUCCCCACGGGCCCGGGAGCCGGCUUCUACUCACGGUUCCCCUAUUCCAAAUCUGACCCUCUCCCCGGACACGGAAAGAAUGGCCUGGACCACCGGAACGCCAAUCUGGCGCCCUGUGGAGCAGACCCGGAUGCCAGCUGGGGCACGCGAGAAUACAAGGUCUACCCCUAUGACGCCCUCAUCGUCACAAACCGAGUCCGCGUGAAGCUGCCCAGAGACGUGGACCGGACGAGACUGGAGAGACACCUGUCGCCCGCGGAGUUCCAGGCGGUGUUCGGCAUGAGCGUGGAGGAGUUCGACCGCCUGGCGCUCUGGAAGAGGAACGACCUCAAGAAGAAGGCCCUGCUGUUCUGA